AUGGCUUCUCAUACCCAAGUCAACCUUUCACGGCAUUUCGCUGGGUUGGGCAACAUGAUGCUGGCGGGCUUGCUCAUUGAGAGCACUACCAGCUUCGUUGUCAUUAUUGCCAGCUUCCGCGGGUGGGCCAUUGAUAGUUCUUGGUACGAAUCCUCCUUUUCGACAUGUCUUGCAACCCAGCCAGCCUUUCAGCUUCUCGCAAAGUUUCUUUGCCUCCAAGGACUGCAGAUUUCGAAACGCGCCGCUGCAGAGACGGCUCUUCGUCUUGUAGCAAACAUCGUUGGUUUCUGCAAUGCUUUAGCAAUUAUUUUCUUUAGCCAACAUGACACGCUUAAAAAGCCAUUCGUCAACAUGCUGCCUUUGGAGCAGGGGCACGGGCAUGUCAAACAUCCACACACAACGCCAGCGCCGAAAGACAAGCGGCGAUGCCUUCAAUUGGGAAUCACGGUGUUCCCCUGCUUUGCUAUUUUGGCGACGGCAAUGUGGGCUGGCGCAGUGACACCUAUGAAAAGCACUGUUGCUAUACAGAGCACAGUUGACAUCCCACAUUUUGGGUCGUCUAUAACGACUACAGAAUUCGCUGUCUCCGGCUCUGUGGGCACGGCACUUCUAAGCAAGCUGCUCUCAAUAACGGCAUCAUCCGUAUUAUUUUCCAACGGGUCAAUCAGCAGGCAGACGACGAGCCACAAUGCCGGCUUCUUCUAUCGGGGCCGAUCUUACGGUGUUGGGUCUUUCGUUGGCAUUAGGGACCAAAUGAUCACAGAAAAUCCAUCUACAUCAGCGUACCACUUUCGACAGUCUGGAUAUCUCCCACACAUAAUGUGCCAGUACAACAAGAGUAUGGACUUCCACAUUGAUCGCGAAUACCCCCAUAGAACGUUCGCCGUCAUCGGCUUCCUACCUGAUAGUGUGGGAAGCGCGCAGUGA